UGUUGGACAGAGCCUCGUCCGUGCUAUACCAAGCUACCCGCCGCAAGGCCUUCUUCAGGAGCGUGACGGUGAUUGUGCCCGCCCACUGGUCCAGCACCCGCUGCGGCUUGGCCUUCGACUCUACCCUUGUGCCCACCACGCCUCCGGCCAUCACCAUAACGCGACCCCACCCCGUCUACGCCCACACGCCCUGGACCCUGCAGGUGGGCGGCUGUGGGCGGCCUGGCAGGACUAUAUAUCUCACGCCCCAGUACCUCGCUGAUAGGAACCUCUCCUACACCCUUGGUGACCCUGGUCGUGUGCUGGUGCAGGAGUGGGCUAAGUUCCGGUGGGGUGUGUUUGAGGAGUACGGCCACCAUAAAGACCCACUCUACCCGGCCUUCCACCGCACCCCCACCAACGCCCACACCCCUACAGGCUGCUCCAACGUCCCCGUCCACGGCUCCAUGUCAGAGUGUGACGGCUACAGGGAUUCCACGUGUCGCUUCACUCCCAGCGAAGGCAACAACGACAAGGUGACGUCGUCCCUCAUGUACCUACACUACCUGCCCCAUGUGACCCAGUUCUGUGACCUCGCCACCCACAGGACGGCGGCCCCCACCAAGCACAAUGCCCUCUGUAGCCACAGACCCGCCUGGCAGGUCAUUCUCCAACACCCAGACUUCUUGUAUGACAGCAUCCGUAGUGGAGACGUCGCCCUCAACGUUACCCCGUCCAUCACCUACGUCAGACAGACGCCCCCUCGGUACGUCAUAGUCGUCGAGGACACCACCGUGAUGAACGUCCAGAAGCGCUGGGAGUUCCUGCGGAAGGCCGUGCGGAAACUUCUGGUGUACGACGUUCCCGCUGGCAGUGAAGUAGGCGUGGUGCUCUUCUCCAACGAGGUGUCUAUCCAGCUUCCGCUCACGCCCACGCCCACCACGCUGGAUGAGCGCCAACGGCUGGCCACCGCCUCCAUGCCCAGGAACCCCUCGAACAUCGCCCAGAGUCAGAAGUGCUUCACCUGCGGCCUGAGGACGGCUAUCGAUAUGCUGGAGAGUGACGGUCAGGGCACCGCUGGCGGCGUCAUCCUCCUGGUCACCGCAGAGUCUCCUCAGGUACUCAAAGCAGACGAAGUCGGGAAGAUGUACUUCGAAAUCACGCGGCGAGGGGUGAGGGUGGUGCCCAUCCUCUAUCCCGUCACGGACCGCAAUCCCAAGCCCACUUCGGACGUGGAGAGGCUGGCUCAACUCUCUGGAACGGAGUCAUUCGCCGUGCUGGACGAAGGUAUAGGGACGGACAGCAAGGUGACGAUGAUGGUGGGGCUGAUGGACGCCCUCUACGCCGCCCUCAGGAUCUUCAUCCCGGACCCAGAGAAGCUCCCGCUGCUCAUACAUAAGAAGGAGUUUCCAGGGGGCAUCAGCAGCACCUCAACCGGGUACUUCAACAUCGACGAGUCUCUGGGAGGCGAAGUGAAGUUCGCGGUCACCUACUACGACCUGGGUCACGUGGGCAACAACGUGAACCUGUUCAACCCCCACGGGAAAAAGCUGGAGACUCUCCACAUCCAGGAGGAGGACGGAGACGUCAACACGAUCUUCAUUACCGUCAGGAACGCCAUGGCCGGCGUGUGGGAGUACCGUGUAGAGAACAGGGCCGACAGCCACCAGAGCCUCUACAUGCGGGUGUUGGCGACGCCUCGCGCCUACAACGCCUCCAGCGCCACCAACACGGACGCCAUCACCCUCACCGCCUGGACCUCCAACACCGCCUCUCCCAUCAACGUCUCCGAUGUGGAAAAUCCAGUAGUGGUGUACGCGCAGGUGUGGUGUGGGGGAUCGCCGGUGGUGUCAGCGCGGGUCGAGGCCCAGCUCCAGCGACUAGGCCUCAAUAGCACGGGCAGCCGCUACUCCCCAAUCUCCUUUCUGCUGCUUGACAAUGGCAAUGGAGAUGCAGACAUGACCCGUCACGACGGAGUGUACUCGCGCUAUCUGCCCCCGCUGGAAGCUCCGGCCGCCCGCUACACCCUCACAAUCUCCCUCACCGACAACAGCGGAGCAGCCCAGAUCAUCGGGACUACCCACGCCUCCCAAGCCGCUCACUCGCGCCUCUACCCUAGCGGCCACGUGCCCUAUGCAGGGCAUGUGGGUACCUUCGGGGCGCACUAUACUCGCGCCCACUCAUACAACCCUGUCUGGCCGCGGUGCUGCGGGUCGGUGGUGCCUUACACCACGGGGCGCCCAACCGGAAACCUGUACCGCAUCGUUACCGUGGGCGUGCUUGACCUGGAGGGCGGCGAGCACUCCCUGCAUCACAUUCCGCCCUCCCGCAUUGCUGACCUCAGGGCAGAGGUCAAUGCAGGAGCCCAACAGGUCAAGUUUUACUGGACAGCGCCCGGCGACCGCUUCGACCACGGCACAGCCAUGCAGUACGAGGUGGUGUUCUCCAGGGACCCUGUGGCCACGGGCCAAGGCACGGGCGAGAAGGCCUCCGAGUGGACCUCCCCCAAGAACGUGGGUGUCCCCUCUACACACACCGUCAGAUGGGGACGUCACGACGGCGUCUACUACGUGGCCAUGCGCGCCGUCAGCCGCACGCGCGUCCCAGGACCCUGGUCCAACACCGCCGAAGUCUUCAUGCCACACCCGCCCACAACUACGGAGAUCAACACCCGCGGGUCCACCCAAGUUAGAGCAAUGGGGGAAAAGCUAAGUGAGAUGGGGGUCACGACUCCCCAACCCACGUCACUCUCCACCCGCAACAUCCUGGCCAUCGUCGGGGCUGCUUGUGGCAUCCUCGUCGUCAUAUUGGUCAUGGCCGUGUACUACCUGCUUGUUGUGACGCGGCGGCGGCGCCGGCACCAGGAGAAAAAGUCCAUCGAGGUGCUGGAGCCGGUUGCAACCACCACUCCCGCCGGCUGCGACACCGACAGCGAGACCGACUCGAUAACGAAGCCGCCGCCGCCGCCGGAGGCGUUAAUGGUAGGCGAGACGGAAGUGACGGGAAAGAGAUCCAUGAGCCCCAUACAGUCGUGGCCGGCCUCCACCCUCCUGGCCGAGCACGAACGGCGUCACCCGCACGAGUCUCCCGAGGGAGGCGAGGGUGGGGAGCUGAACCUGCAUCACCCAGACCUGGGAGUGCCCUACAUGCCCACGGUCCACCCGGCUCCCCCUCACCCCUUCUACUACCACACUCCCAACGGGCACUACAUCGAGGACAACCUGCCGAUGGACAGCGGAUCCAUGAUAUCCACUCAACCGUCAGAGUCGCUCUCAGUUUACAAGGUGGAUGCCAACACCAACGACAGCCUCCUACAGCAACCGUCAUCCAUGACAGCCACGCCCGUCUCGUGGGAAGGUGGGCGACGGUCGGGGCCCAUGAAGGUACCCCCGCCCACUCCUCCCAAGCCCACCCUCUCCGCCCACCUGACGCUGGGCGGCGUGGCGGCCACUCCCAUGGGAACAGAGAGGAAACGCAGGAACGUAACGCAGGUGUGAGGUCUGGGUCUCGCCAGACCACACGCUCCGUGGCUUAACCUCACAUCUCCUGUACAUUUGAAUUUGAAUUCUCGUGUACACAUUCUCCUCUGCGUGUAGGUGAGAAUGUGGUGUACACAUUCUCCUCUCCAUGUAGGAGAGAAUCUGAAGGGUAUCGGAGUGGCCACGAGGCCAGGGCGUCAUACAGUCUUGAGACAGACUAUCUGGCGCCGCUGCCACCUGGCGACGCUGGCGCCACAUCCUUCUCGACCACAAACAGUGUCAUUUUCCUGUGUAAUUGUAAACAGUUAAAAGUGGUGAAUAUUUUUCUUCCACUAACUAAAGUGAUUUUCCAGAAACUUGAAAGACAAAAAGUAACCGGGAAUUGCGCAACUCGUGGAACAAAAGCCUCACUCUGGUGCUGACAGUUGAACAAGAAGUAUUCUUACACGCAUAUGAAUUGUUGCUUUCAUAUCAGUAGAAUAAUAGCAUGCACUGUGAAAAUAGCAGCAGGCAUAUUUCCUUCGUACAGUUGGUUAUGAUAAAGACCAUAAGGUUCUUUUGUGUCUUAGUGUGAUAUUCUUGUGUACUGAAGACGCUCACAACUCCGCUGGGUUGUGAGUCAAGGUCUCACUGCAUCUUACGUAUUAUGGGGAAACAAGAAAAACUGCUUAAGAAUUCAUAUAUUUUUUUCAAAUUAUCUCAAUGAAUUUUAAGUGAGCUAGGUCAGUGUCAACAGUGAUAAACGUAACUAUUCCUGUUAUUCUGAAGGUGUCAUAAAUUAGAUUUCCUUAGAUUAUCAUUUAUGGAAAAUACGGAGUGGUCUGAUCACGUUAGAUACCCCUCAGUAAAAUGGCUCGCUGCUGAUUCUUUUGACGAUAUAUCUCCAAAUCACUGUUGAAAGACAUAAGGAGGUUUUGUUAUAUAUUGCCAAUGUUAAAAACGAUAUUAGUGAAGUAGAGUGAAAGCCACAGGUGAUUUUGAUGACCAGACCACACACUAGAAGGUGAAGGGACGACGACGUUUCGGUCCGUCCUGGACCAUUCUCAAGUCGAUCCUCCACAGGUGAUGUUUGACUCUUAAAGAGAUCGUGUCUAUCCCAGCCUGACCGCUGCACUUGUAAUGCUCAGAAUCUGUUGUGCUUCAUUUGCAAGCAGCGCGAAGCACACCACUUAUCAAUAGGCUUCAUGUUAUCAGAUCCAUCUUUUUUUAUUCCAUAAUAUAUUAGCUGUGGAGUGUUUGUAUAUCUGUACUAGCUUCUCAGUGUUGGCCGGGCCAGUGGUGUUGUGUGAUUUUAAGUGUUGGGAAGACAGUGGUGUUGCAUGCCCUCAAGUGUUGGCCGGGGCACUUGUCAUGCAUGCACUCGGUGUUGACAGGGCAAUGGGUGGUGUUGUACGCCUGGAGUGUUGAUAGGGCAAAGGUGCUGCAUGUUCUCUAAUGAGAGAGCAGUGGGGAAGUUAUGUCUUCACUGUUGACAGCAGAGCCGUUGCUUGUCCUAUCUGUCACGAAGGCACAGAUGUUGUAACUCAGCCUUGACAGGCAGCCGUGUUGCAAUGAUUCAAGGGUUGGGUGGACAGAGGUAUUGCACACCUCCUUGCAGGGAGGGCAGUGAUGCCGAGUAUCCAUUUCUUUUUUGUUUUUGAGGGCAGUGGUGUUCGAUGCCCUUGAGUUCGUAGUCCCCCCCCUCCCUCCCCCCCACCUUUCAGCCACGGUCUGUUCCUCGCUGCCACGUGCAACAUUCUCGUAAUUGAUAUUAAGAUGUACACUUCGUCGUCCAGCUGGGAGCUAUCUGCACAUAUUACUCGAUAAUUACAUACUGUAUUUAUAGCUGCACCUUUUUUUGUAUAUGAUGUACAUAGAAGUUUUGUGCCAAAUUUCAUGUAGGCCAUGUCUAUUUUUGUACUUGUGAUACCGAGGCAUGAGGAAGCAAGUAACAAUAGCACACUUUUAAUCAGAUCCUGCAGGAGCUAUACGCCUGGACACUGUAGCUUUCUCACUUUAACAGACGUUCCAGCUACCACUUCGUCAUGACCAACGUUCAUGUGUUUGGAGUGAAUUCGAAACGACUGUUUGAAUAACUGUGCGUGUGUGCGUGUGCGUGUGUGUGUGUGUGUGUGUGUGUGUGUGUGUGUGUGUGUGUGUGUGUGUGUGUGUGUGUGUGUGUGUGUGUGUGAAUGACAGA